CAUUACGCAGUAAGUUCCGCUUCCAUCGUGCACUGCUCCGAAACAUGGAUCAGAGCGACAAUGACUUGCAGGGCACAGACGGGUCUGGGAGUUUGGGCGGUCCUGAUGUCCGUAGAAGGAUCCCGAUCAAGCUGAUCUCCAAACAGGCCAUCCGGAGCAAACCUGUGGUCCGGCCACAGCGGGCAAUGAACCGGCUCCCCUCCCAGUCUCAGACCGUGGAUGAAGAAGGCUUCGGCUACAAGCAGGAGGAGAGGUUUGAGUGCAAGUCCGGAGAUGCCUUCGGCAGCCAGCGGAGGUUUCCCCAGCAGCUAUUCUGGGAUUAUAAGAUGAACUUGAUUGGGGAAAAGGACGACACGCCGGUGCAUUUCUGUGACAAGUGCGGCCUGCCGAUAAAAAUUUACGGACGCAUGAUUCCCUGCAAACAUGUGUUUUGCUACGAGUGCGCUGUGCUCCACGAGAAAAAAUGCGACAAGAUGUGUCCUGGUGUGUCCCUGUACAGCUGCACAGACCCGGUCCAGCGCAUCGAGCAGUGCCUGCGCGGCUCUCUCUUCAUGUGCAGCAUGGUGCCGGGCUGCAAGCGCACCUACCUGUCCCAGAGAGACCUGCAGGCCCACAUCAACCACCGCCACAUGCGCGGGGGCAAGCCGGCGGCUCCCCGGCCGGGCCCCAGCGGAGGGGAGCCCCUGCAUCUGCCCCCGGCCUCCGACCUCCCCGAACGCUUCCUCCUGCCCCCGGACAAGCACCGGCUGCCCCCUCCGCCUCACCUGCCCAAGCCGCACGUCCUGCUCCCGCCCCCGCUGCAGCACGCCGGCCACGACCCCUACGGCCAGCCGCCGCACGAUGACCUGCGGCCCUCCCAGCCCCCUCCCUCCUCCUCCGCCGACCUGGGGCCGCCCCGCUCGCUCGCCCAGGAGACCUUCCGCAUCGCCACGGUGACCACGCGCAAGCACAGCAACCUCAUCACCGUGCCCAUCCAGGACGACUCCGCCAGCUCCGCCCCCUCCAGGGAGCCCCUCCCCCAGCCGGGCCCCGGCCCCGCCCCGCCCCACCACCACCCUGGGGAAUACCCGGGCCAGCCCGUGGUGUCGCACCCCCACCACAUGAUGGCGCCGCAGCAGCACUACGGCCCGCCCCCUCCUCCCCCACCCCCCAUCAGCCACCCAAUGCAGCACCCGCCCCAGGGCUCCGGGACGCCCCACAUGGUCUACAACCAGGCCCCUCCCCCUAUGUCCUCUGCCCCGCCCCCUAUCACACCACCCCCUGGACACCUUAUUAACCAGAUGCCCCCCUACAUGAACCACCCCCCACCCGGCCCCCCUCCCCAGCAUGGGGGCCCCCCUGUGAGUGCCCCGCCGCCGCACCACUACAACCCCACCUCCAUGCAGCAGUUCCCCGAGGACCAAGGAACGCUCAGCCCCCCCUUCAACCAGCCAGGGGGACUGAGCCCAGGGAUAUGGCCCGCCCCCAGGGGGCCCCCUCCUCCCCGAAUGCAGGGCCCACCCCCUCAGGGCCAGAUGCCUGGACCCCACCACCCUGAUCAGUCCCGUUACAGGCCGUAUUACCAGUAGACCCCUCCCCCCCUUAACAGAGUGAAUGAUGUGUUAGAGUGGCUCCUUUUUCCCUUACAGGAUUCAUUAAUGUUCAUCGGUUUGUGAUGCUAGUCAGUUUGACGGAGUCUCUGUAAGAAGCCGCUGGCUUCUGCCCUUAUUUGUAACGUGUGUAAAACUAAGGUGAACUAAAGACAAAAAAAAGACACUGAUUGCAUUCAGCGGUUUCAUUCCCUCCUACAGGGUAGAUUAUGGCUUAACAACAGUGUUCAUUCUUAGGACGGUCUGGUGCAAUCAGACAGGUGUUCAGCACCUCCCGUGUUAGGAUUUCAUCCGCACUGUGCUCAGGAUUGAACUCAACGAGUUUUGU